UUUCCAGAGGUGCAGUGCACGUGGCCGGCUGGCUUCAAGGGGAGUAUGGGGUGCUGGUGCUGGGUGCCCACAGCUGUCUCGAUUUAGAGGCACUGAGCCCUCCUGCAAACUGAGUGCAGGGCAAAGGGAACAUGUGGGAAGCAAAUCUCCACGGUGCCUGGUUUACAGAACUGAGGAAGCAAGGCUUUCUGAGAGGAGGAACAGCUGUUUGUUUUGGAUUCCAUUCUGGUCACUAGCAGGGGUGGGGAACUGCUCAGUUUAGCGUGAGGAUGUGUCUGAGGGAUCCUGUUAUGCACUUAGGUUUGAGACGCUUUGUCCUCUGAGCAGCAGCACGGAACUCGUCUUUCCUCCGCUAGGUCCCCCGUCUGGGGCCGGGUACAGAUGAGGAAUCCCUAGCAAACUGCUUCUCAGUAAUGUUUUACUCUCUCUUCUCCCCUUUCCCCUCCCCCAGCACGAGUAAAUCAAGCCCGGACAGCCCACGCUCUGCUCUGUUCCUUUGCUGAGUCAGGAGGAGGAAUGUAACCUGGCAGUAGUGUAAUCAGCCACGCAGUAGCUGCGGUGCCAUGGGGGGGGCGUAUCUGAUGAGCUGCCCCAUGGGUGAGUGAUGGCUCGAGAUAAGCCUACACACUCAAGCACAACACCCCCCACCAUCUCGCUCCUGCGGCAAGGCCCUGAAUCGCACAGAGAGCUCACAGGGAGCAGAGAGAGACAGAGCAUUUGCUUUAAAACCUAAACAACUGUAUUUUCUUAAGCUGCUUUGCUGAUACCUGCCUCCUCCCCCAAACAGAAAAGGAUCGGCCAGACUUUAUCCUGGGUACUGGUGCGGGGAUUGUUUGGCCUUCCAGAGGGGCUUAAUCUGCUUGGAAUGGAGGGUGGGGUGGAUGUUUGCUCCCAUCUCCAGCACAGGGGAUGUGCCUGCACAUACAGGCCCAAUUGUGGCUCCAUGGUGGCACCUCACGAGCAGUCUCUAUUGUCACUGACUAGCCCAUAUUUCUGAGCUCCCCAGGCAUGCCUGAUGUCAAAAUGAGCCCUGUGCUUACAGCCUGUUCUGUGGUCGCACAUGCUUAAUACUCACUGGGGUGUUGCCUGCCGGAGAUGCAAAACUACACACCCAAGAGGUUCGCCUUUCUCCCCCUCCUGAGUCACUCUGGAGACGAGCCCCAUCAAUCUUGCAGCUGUUGCAGUGGGGGCGCCUGUGUGGUCCAUUGCUGAGCCUUUAGGUCUCUGGGGAGCAGUUUUUUAUCUCCGCAGCUCUUCAGGCUGCUUAUCGGCUGCAUAGUAGGCAGGACCUCCUCUGUCUUCUCCUGCCCGGUUCGCAGGCUCUGGUGGGGAGUUCAUACCGUGGAAUGGCAGGAUGAUUCCCACCCUAUGUGGGAGUUCCCUGCUCAACGAUGUGUUUAGAGCUGGCAGAGGAAGCCAGUAGCUGUGUGCUAAGAUCUGUCUUUAGUCAGCAAAAGGCCCCUGGUGGCAUGGUUGGCUGGGUAUAGAGGCCAAGGCUUGCCCUGCUACAAAGGCACAGCUCCACUGUCUUCUCCAGGGGAAGCAUCCGUGGGACUGAGAGCAGAACUGGGCCCUGGCUUAAACUAGAGUGUUGUCUUGGGAUAAGAACAGGAGAGAAGGGAGCCGGGACUCCUGGGUUCUCCCCAACUCGGGGAGGGGAGUAGGAUCUGGUGGGUUAGAAUGGGGGGCUGGGAGCCCGGACUCCUGGGUUCUGUUCCCAUUUCUGUCACUGACUUGCUGCACCCCCUUGGAUAAGUCCUUCCCUCUCCUGGCUCAGUAGAGAAGUGUCUUUGGUCUGCAUCUUAUGCUGGGUCACGUGGUAUGUUCUGCUGGGCAGAGUGCCUUGGGGGGAGCCCACCUGCCAGGCUGAUGGAUCCCUUCUUGUGUGAGCAGAGCGGUGGAGCCUGGCCCAUGAGAGAGAGCCCCGCCAGAGAGUGGGGGGCGGGGGAGGACAUCUUUGCUUUCAGGGCUCUGGGCGCUGACCCCUGGCUUCCCCCAGUUGUUUGGGUGGGGUGCGGCGAGCCCGGCUAUUGCAGAGUAAUGGGUUGGUGGAGUGAGGGCCAGAGUGUCCCUGUUGUUCCAAGGCUCAUGGGAGGGUGACUGGGCUUUGGGAGGUUGGUGUUCCUCCGCCUGGGGGGCAUGCUGCAGGGACCCCAUCGCUCAGAGGCAAAUGUUGGGCAUUUGCGGUGUGGUGAUGCUUCGCUCCUUUCUGGCCAGCUAGUUCCUCUUCCUUCUCCCUGCUGGACUUGCCUUCCUGGGGCUCUCCUACGACCCCUCCCCUACUGAAUGCAGCCAUGGCAGGCUUCGUCCAGCUGGCUGGUCCCUGGGACACAAGCACCCACAGCCACAUCUCGCCAGUGAGCCAGACCAGCGAUGUUUCUUCGCGGCCGUCAGGCCCCGAGACCCCUGCAGCGCUGUCCUGAGUCCUACCGGAGAUCGCCCCACCCUUUCCUUACAAAUGCUUGCCUCUCUCCUUUCAGGCCCCGGCGAGAUGUCUCUGUGCCAGUGUGCGGGGAAGCACAGUGACUCAGACAUGGAGGGCUGCUGCUUCUCGGCAGGUGGCGGCCUGAAGGUGUACCUGCACUGGAGCGGCGAGGAGGAGGAGCGGUGCCAGACCUACACGCAGGGGGUGCUGAGCGCAGAGGAGAUCUGCAUCGACAUUGCCCAGAAAAUCGGGAUCACGCCGCUCUGCUACAGCCUCUUCGCACUCUGUGAUGUGCAGGCCAGAGUCUGGCUCCCUCCCAAUCAUGUGUUUGAAAUCAGCAAAGACACCAACCUGAAUCUGCUCUUCGGCAUGAGGUACUACUUCCGCAACUGGCAUGCGAUGAGCGACAAAGAGCCGGCCGUUUACCGCAACGUUCCUCGGCAGAGCGAUGCCCUCGAGGACAAGCUGCAGGGCGGUGCGCUUCUGGACAAGUCGUCCUUCGAGUAUCUCUUUGAGCAGGGGAAAUACGAGUUCAUUAAUGAUGUUGUGUCUCUGAAAGACCUUCAGAGCGAGCAGGAGAUCCACCGAUUUAAGAAUGAGAGCUUAGGCAUGGCUGUCCUUCACCUCUCUCACAUGGCUCUCAAACGAGGCGUCUCUCUCGAAGAAGUGGCCAAAAAAAACAGCUUCAAGGGCUGCAUCCCGCGCUCCUUCUGCAGGCAGAUCCAGCAGAACAGCUACCUGACCAAGUUCCGCAUGAGGAACGUCUUCAGGAAGUUCGUGCAGCGCUUCCAGCGGCACACGGUCAGUGCUGGGAAGCUGACGGAGCAGGACAUCAUGUACAAGUACCUGGCCACCUUGGAGAACCUGGCCCCCCGCUUCGGGAGUGAGCUCUUCCCGGUCCUUUCCCUGGAGACGGCCUCCGAGGGCGAGAAGGUGCUGCUCUAUGUGAACGGAGGGCACGCACAGCUGGAGGACGGCUGGGUGUCGUCUCCCAGGGACAGGCCCACCACCCAUGAAGUCCUGGUCACCGGCACGGACGGGAUUCAGUGGCGGACUGUCCCUGUUGAGAGUGCAGAAAGCCUCCCCCACCGGGGCUAUUUUGGGAGAAAGACCAGAGCCAAAGAGCUGGACCUCAAAGGGCCGUGUCAGCCAGUGGAGAGGAGCGAGGCCAAGUGGGUGCGCUUCUGUGACUUCCAGGAGAUCACGCACAUUGCCCUCGAGGACUGCAAAGUCAGCAUCAACCGCCAAGACAACAAGUGCCUGGAGCUGGUUCUCCCAUCCUACGAAAUGGCCCUGUCCCUGGUGUCGCUGGUGGAUGGCUACUUCAGGCUCACGGCUGACUCCAGCCACUACCUGUGCCACGAGGUAGCCCCGCCACGGCUGGUGAUGAGUGUCCUGAACGGCAUCCAUGGGCCAAUGCAGGAGGAGUUUGUCUUCGCCAAGCUGAAGCGGGAGGAGCAGGAUGGGCUGUACGUCAUCCGCUGGAGCAUCCUCGACUUCAACAGGCUGAUCCUGUCGGUGAUGAAGAGGGACAGAGGGCAGGCCACCCCCAAGUACAAGCAGUUCCGGAUCCAGAAGAGAGGCAUCUCCUUUGUGCUGGAGGGCUGGGAGCGGGAGUUCUCCACCGUACGGGAGCUGAUGGACGUUCUCAAAGGCUGCACACUCAAGUCGGGGGAUGAGAGCUUCGCGGUGAGGAGGUGCUGCCCGCCGAAGCCGGGAGAGAUUUCAGACCUGAUCAUCACUCGGAGGGUGAAGGACAGCACCAGGCAGAUCCUGAACCUGACCCAGCUCAGCUUCCACCAGAUCCGGAAAAAUGAGAUCACCCAGAGAGCUCACCUCGGCCAGGGCACCCGCACCAACAUCUACGAGGGUGUGCUGCAUGUUUGCGGGGCUGCUGGCGGGGAUGACGAGGCCGAGUACUUCUCCACCGAGCAGAACAACAACAGUCGGGAGAUGCAUGUGGUACUCAAGGUGCUGGACCCCAGCCACAGGGACAUCGCCCUGGCGUUCUUUGAGACGGCCAGCCUCAUGAGCCAGGUCUCGCACAUCCACCUGGCCUUCGUGCAUGGCGUCUGCGUGCGAGGCUCCGAGAAUAUCAUGGUGGAGGAGUACAUCGAGCACGGCCCCCUGGAUGUUUUGCUGCGGAAGGAGAAAGGCCGGGUGACCGUCGGCUGGAAGAUCACGGUUGCGAAGCAGCUCGCCAGCGCCCUGAGCUACUUGGAGGACAAAAACCUGGUGCAUGGCAACGUGUGUGCCAAGAACAUCCUGCUGGCCAGGAAGGGGUUGGAGAAUGGGUUGUUGCCUUUCGUGAAGCUCAGCGACCCUGGGGUCAGCUUCACGGUGCUCUCCCGAGAAGAGCGAGUGGACCGGAUCCCCUGGAUCGCCCCGGAGUGCGUCCAGGAUGUCGGCAGCCUCAGCACCGCAGCCGACAAAUGGAGCUUUGGCACCACCCUGCUGGAGAUCUGCUUUGAUGCGGACGUCCCGCUGAAAGAGCGCACCCCCUCUGAGAAAGAGCGCUUCUAUGAGAAGAAGCACCGCCUGCCCGAGCCGUCCUGCAAGGAGCUGGCCGCCCUGAUCAGCCAGUGCCUGACCUACGCCCCCAGCGAGCGGCCCUCUUUCCGAACCAUCCUGCGGGACCUCACCCAGCUGCAGCCGCACAACCUCGUCGAUGUCACUUCCGUGAGCCCCGAGUUUCCCGUGUCGGACCCCACGGUCUUUCAGAAACGCUACCUGAAGAAGAUCCGAGAACUGGGGGAGGGUCACUUCGGCAAAGUGAGCCUGUACUGCUAUGACCCCACCAACGACGGCACCGGGGAGAUGGUGGCCGUGAAGUCACUGAAGUCUGGCUGCAGCCAGCAGCUCCUCACCAGCUGGAAGAGGGAGAUCGAGAUCCUCAAGACGCUGUACCACGAGAACAUUGUCAAGUACAAGGGCUGCUGCAGCGAGCAAGGGGAGAAGAUUGUGCAGCUCAUCAUGGAGUACGUGCCCCUGGGCAGCCUGCGGGAUUACCUGCCCAAGCACAACGUCAGCCUGGCCCACAUCCUCCUCUUUGCCCAGCAAAUCUGUGAGGGCAUGGCUUACCUGCACUCCCUGCACUACAUCCACAGGGACCUGGCUGCUAGGAACGUGCUGCUGGAGAACGAGAAUGUGGUGAAGAUCGGUGAUUUCGGACUGGCCAAAGCCAUCCCCGAAGGGCACGAAUAUUACCGCGUCUGCGAGGACGGAGACAGCCCUGUCUUCUGGUACGCUAUGGAGUGCCUGAAGGAGUGCAAGUUCUAUUACGCCUCCGACGUCUGGUCCUUCGGUGUCACUCUCUACGAGCUCCUGACACACUGUGACUCCAGCCAGAGCCCCCCCGUGAAAUUCAUCGAGAUGAUUGGUGCGACUCAGGGUCAGAUGACAGUGCUGAGGCUGAUCGAGCUGCUGGACAGGGGGAAGAGGCUCCCGAGCCCGAAGGACUGUCCUUGUGAGAUCUACUGCUUAAUGAAAAACUGCUGGGAAUCCGAAGCUUCCUUCCGCCCAGCGUUUAAGAACCUCGUCCCCAUCCUGAAGAACUUCCACGAGAAAUACAAGGCUCAGGCCCCCUCGGUCUUCAGUGUGUGUUGAGUGGGAUCUUGGGAACUUGCUCGGGGAAGGACCACGGUUGCCUUCAGCUGGAAACCCUCUGGUGGAGAGGCCACUUUGAAGUGCUGGGGAGGGUUGGGACUUCACCACUUGCUGCCUCAGUGCUGCUGCUGCACGGAACCAUCCUACUCGAUCCACUUUUCCACCGUGUGCCUUGGAGUCCAGGGAGCCCUCCGUGUAAGGAGAGAGGGCUGGCGAAGCAUCUGUUGCCACUUCUGCUUUGGCCUGGAUUCGUAGGCUCUCCAGUCAGGGGGAUUUUAAUCCCGGAAAGUGAUUUCCCUCUAGGCAAUGCAGCCAGAGGAAGCUGUGGGGCUGUCUAACAACCAGGCACAUCUCAUCAAACCUCUUGGCUUGUGUCCGCGCUGUGCAGCCAGAGCGCUGUGCGUGUUGAAGGGGGUGGACAUGUGAAAAAGCCUCCUUGGAGCCUAAUAUGCUGCAUCCCAGGCUGCUGUCAGGAACUCCUAACACCUUUGCGGGGGGCUGUGGGGCAAAGGCUGGAGCUUGAGGGGUGGGUACUUCUGUGGGUAUAGGCCUGAAUUUAGCCCUGUAACACUGCAUCUGGGGCAAGGGGAAGCAGGGGGUGCAUGGGUAAGGCAGCUGCCAAGUGAGGGCUCGAAGCAUUAUUAAAAAGGAUACACUGGGCCUGUGCCUGCUUCCUCCUCCAGCUGGACAGGGGCUCCCAGCCUGCCCUGCUCUGUGGUGCUUUUGCAGCUGGGGGAACGGGCCUGUCUUGGGCAUGUCCCCUACCUGUUCUUCACUGAUGCUUUGGUCUUUGAGCUGGGGAAGCUCUGGCCCAUCCUCCAGCUUCUUGGGAUCUUGCCUGGUUUGUACCAUAAAGCACCACAGUGCCUGCUUCUGCUGCCAACUCCCAAGCACCAGCAGAGGUGCUCUACCCCCGGGACAGCGGCUGGCUUCCUCUGUAACCCCUGUGCAGCUGCCUAUGCCCCCCUCUGCUCCCAUCGCUCCUUGAGCAGAGAGAUGUUCCCCCUCAAAAGGCCCCUGAGGGCUGGGGGCAGGUGCAGGCUGACUGAGGGGGCUGCCCUCUCCGUAUUGCCUGCUGGGCCUGGCUUUCUCCAGCGUGGACCCUGCUUGCUCCCCAGUGGCUGACCAGGGCCUCUGCUGGCCCUGCAGUCAGAGGCCUUUUCUUUGCUCUGGGGCAGCCCUUCGAUGCACUCCUGCAGCCUUGGCUGCUGCCCAGGGAGCAACAAGGGGAGCUCCUGUGCCCCACUGGAAGGGCUGUUUGGGGCCCAGAGGGAGCAUGUGUUGGCUACUGGCCCCAUUUAUGGGAAACCUCCCUGAACAGGCAGCAGCUGCCCCAGCCUGUCCGUCCAUAUCUCUCGAACGCCUUGGUGAGGCACGUCGUCCUGUGCCCCCCAUGGCUGUCCGCUCCAAGGGGACAUACCGAGGCUGUUCCCUCAGCUGCCACCGUCCACGUGCCAGCCAAAGGUUUUUCUCGUGUCUCCUCUCCCACAGCCAAGCACUGUGAAUUAGAUCAUGUGGUUGGGGGAGGGGUCUGGAGCCUGCUGGCCUUAAACCAAAUCCGGAUCACAAGAGAAGAACUACCUUUAUCUGCUCACCAAAUCACAGCCCCACCCUGUCUUCUGGCCACCUAAUGCCAGCAUUUGCCAGACUAGUCCUGAAAAAGCCAGUUAGCCCUUAGCCCUGGUUGUGGGGCCACGUCUAGAGAAGCAGGGCCAACAACAUCCAGUUGAAUGCCCUCUUCCUUGGCAACAGGGACUGCUGCGGUCGCGCGUGUGCUCGUCCUGAGGUCUCAGAUUCAUUCUCCAUGCGCUGCAGAGACGGCUGCAUUGCCACCGUUGAUUAUGUUACAAAACCCGGUGGAGGGACGGCUCAGGCCCUGAAUGAACAAGGCCUUAGAUCCGUGCGCUGCCAACAUCCACUCAGCCAGCAUGCUUGUAGCCUUUAGUGUUAGUUGCUCACUGUCUCAGCUAAAUGCCUGGAAUGUUUUUUGCGAAGGAAAUGGGUGUGGGCUGUACCCAGCCCAUCUGACUCUGCAGAACAUUUGGGGUCUGGUUCUCUCUUCCCACCAGGAAUGAUCACCGGCUUUGAGCAAGUGAACUUUUGUGGCACUUUAUUACUAAUGAAACGUUAGCAGUU